UUUGUGUGUCUUGGUUAUUUUUGUUGCUUUUAUUUUUAAUGUAUAUGAUUAUGUGCUAUUCUUGAUCUUGUUGACACACAGCUGGCUCUGGACCCUGCUGCCCAUCCACCUCUCCUCCACUUAACUCCUGACUUUUUGUAGGUGAAGGAGUGAGGAAUUUCACAACAGUUUCUGCCCUGGAUUCUUUGGGCUCCAGAUGCUCAAGAUCAGAUCUCAGUCUGGGCCAAUCAGCUGCUGUCCUGCUUCAUGAUUAUUUUUUUUAAAAAAUGCAUCCCAGCUUAGGGAGGCCCUGCUCUUUAAAAAUUACUAUUUUAACUGAUGGCAGCUGGGAAUUCUCCCUCCUCCCCGCCUUGUGCUAGCCUGGAAGGGCUAGGAGCCAGGGGUCUGGCAUUAGGAAAUGUGUGUCUGCCUCUUACGUGAUCGCAGCCAGUGCCAAGAUCCCAGCUCCAUGAGUCCCAGCUCCAGUCCUACCGCCUGAGCAGAGCUGGGAGGGGAAAAAAUGACUUCUCUGGAAACUUCUGUGGGAAUGUUGCAGAGGGAUUUCUCUUCCACAGAGGACCCAGAAAGCAGGCCAACAGUGUUUCCAGUGAAAGCUCUCCCAGGAAAAUGCCUAGGAGUUUUGUCACCCAUCACACCCAGGAAAUUUUACUGCUCCGUGCUCAUUAAUGCUGUUCUGCUUGCAACCGCACUUGGACUUCUUGCUGUGCUUACGGCAGUGGACCGAAGAGAAAGCCGCAUUCCGGAGACAAGGCUGCUUUCCUCUUGCCCUGGAGCCUGGAUUGGAUUUGGGAAUAAGUGUUAUUAUUUUUCUGAUGAUGUAAGGAACUGGACCUCCAGUCAGGCCUUCUGUGCAUCCUUUGGUGCCAAUCUCGUCAAGUUUGACAGCAAGGAGGAGUUGGGUUUCUUGGAAAGACACAGAGAUUCAUACGACCACUGGAUUGGUCUCAGAAGGGAAUCUCCACAGCACAGCUGGAAGUGGGCAGACAACACUGAGUUCAGCAACUUGGUUCAGGUGAGGGGAGCUGGGGAGUGCGGCUUUCUGAACGGCGUGGGCAUCAGCAGCGCGCGGUUCUACACGGAGCGGAAGUGGAUCUGCAGCAAGCCGAGCAGCUACGUGCAGUGUGCAGCCACCUCGGGGUCCUUGCUGCAUGGGGUCUCCUGGCUGGGGCUCACGCCUCUCAUCCUGACUGGGCACAUAUAUAUGCACAUGGCUCCUUAGCCAUAAAGGAAGUGGAAAUAAUCAAAAGUACACCACGGGCUUUGGCCUCUAUUGACCACCACAGAGGGCCAAAGAGAAGCUUUAUAAGCUGCUAUUUACAGUU